AUGAAAAAGUACUUUGGGGAAAUGGUAAGUAUCAUGCUUCCCUCAACACACAUUUUUAUUAGCGGAUAAGGUUUUCCCAAAGCUUCCAAGUUCUUAUGCUAUGCGUCAUAUCAUCACCUUUUUACUGCUUUUCUGACACUUCCAUGACUGUAAUUUAGCUUUCCUAUUCCUUUUCUACUAAAGGAGGUGCUGCAUUUUAUGAAAGUUUGAAGGAGCACAUUCUGUCAGGAGAUAUUGACAGGGAACAACUAUCCUCUUCAGCACCCAGAGAAACCAGGCAGCGCCAUACUGUACUGUGAAGACCAUAAGAAGGGAAUUACUGAUUGUGAGUACAGCAUGAAGCACAGCAUUGUUCAGUUGUAUAUUGCUGAGUGCUGACCAAAUCUAAAAAUGUACCUCUUGAAAUGUCACAGAUUUAGUCAUAAGCAUGCUUUUACAUGCUUGGUAUAGGCAAUAGAUCCAAUAGGCUGUGACUAAAUGUAUGAUUAAUUUCCCUAGGACUGGCCUACUUUGGGUAUUGUAGUCAACAUGGGCCUGUUCUUCGUGCUCUGUUCAUCAUUCCCCAUCAUGCCAGAAUAGGGCAUACUUCAGCUUUAUCAUGUAUUUGCAUUCAGGGCUACUCUGUUUUACUCCUAAAUUGGCAACUUUUGUCUUGUGUGUUUUGUUUCUGGGUAAAAAAAAAGCUUUAAAGAGGAUUUUCUGUCAGUGUGGGGCCACUUACUACGCAAGAAGGAGUGUAACUACCACUUUGGGAAAGGAGUUGAGAAGAAGGGUAAGAGGACAGUAUAUGUUCUACAUUUCUGAAUUCAGAAAUGUAAUCCUGUUUGAGUAACUUGCUAUUACUGUACAGUUCCAGGUGGAGUGGAAACACGCUAUAGCUGCUGUGAGGGUGUGGUUGGAUGCCCUGGAUGCCAAGUUUUCAAGGUAAUAAGAAGACGAACAGGGGAUAACACCUAUUUUCCAUAAGACCCUUCAAAGAUGUCAUGAAACAUUUUGUAUCCCCCACAUACGUCUCCCCCUCAUCUGCAUGUCCAUGACACAGUUAGCCUGGAUGGCUUUGUCAGUACCCUUCCUAGACCUGCCUCUGAUAAGGGCUGCCCGGGGGUGAUCUCAAUCGACUGUGAAAUGGUGAGAUUCAACAGUCUGAUUAUGGAAAUCAUAGGCAACAUUUUGCAUGACAUGCCAAUUAAAGCUAGGUCAGUGUGUUUUGAACACACUGCCGUAUUAGUGAUCUGGUAAAGUUUUUUUGUUUACUGUAUGACUAAUAUAUGUAGUCUUUCUUCCUUCAGUGCUAUACAACUCAUGGUCUGGAGCUGGUUAGAGUGACUGUUGUCAACUCCAGUUUGCAGGUCAUCUACAGUGGGGAAAAAAAGUAUUUAGUCAGCCACCAAUUGUGCAAGUUCUCCCACUUAAAAAGCUGAGAGAGGCCUGUAAUUUUCAUCAUAGGUACACGUCAACUAUGACAGACAAAUUGAGGAAAAAAAAUCCAGAAAAUCACAUUGUAGGAUUUUUAAUGAAUUUAUUUGCAAAUUAUGGUGGAAAAUAAGUAUUUGUUCACCUACAAACAAGCAAGAUUUCUGGCUCUCACAGACCUGUAACUUCUUAAGAGGCUCCUCUGUCCUCCACUCGUUACCUGUAUUAAUGGCACCUGUUUGAACUUGUUAUCAGUAUAAAAGACACCUGUCCACAACCUCAAACAGUCACACUCAACUCCACUAUGGCCAAGACCAAAGAGCUGUCAAAGGACACCAGAAACAAAAUUGUAGACCUGCACCAGGCUGGGAAGACUGAAUCUGCAAUAGGUAAGCAGCUUGGUUUGAAGAAAUCAACUGUGGGAGCAAUUAUUAGGAAAUGGAAGACAUACAAGACCACUGAUAAUCUCCCUCGAUCUGGGGCACCACGCAAGAUCUCACCCCGUGGGGUCAAAAUGAUCACAAGAACGGUGAGCAAAAAUCCCAGAACCACAUGGGGGGACCUAGUGAAUGACCUGCAGAGAGCUGGGACCAAAGUAACAAAGCCUACCAUCAGUAACACACUACGCCGCCAGGGACUCAAAUCCUGCAGAGCCAGACGUGUCCCCCUGCUUAAGCCAGUACAUGUCCAGGCCCGUCUGAAGUUUGCUAGAGUGCAUUUGGAUGAUCCAGAAGAGGAUUGGGAGAAUGUCAUAUGGUCAGAUGAAACCAAAAUAGAACUUAUUGGUAAAAACUCAACUCGUCGUGUUUGGAGGACAAAGAAUGCUGAGUUGCAUCCAAAGAACACCAUACCUACUGUGAAGCAUGGGGGUGGAAACAUCAUGCUUUGGGGCUGUUUUUCUGCAAAGGGACCAGGACGACUGAUCCGUGUAAAGGAAAGAAUGAAUGGGGCCAUGUAUCGUGAGAUUUUGAGUGAAAACCUCCUUCCAUCAGCAAGGGCAUUGAAGAUUAAACGUGGCUGGGUCUUUCAGCAUGACAAUGAUCCCAAACACACCGCCCGGGCAACGAAGGAGUGGCUUCGUAAGAAGCAUUUCAAGGUCCUGGAGUGGCCUAGCCAGUCUCCAGAUCUCAACCCCAUAGAACAUCUUUGGAGGGAGUUGAAAGUCUGUGUUGCCCAGCGACAGCCCCAAAACAUCACUGCUCUAGAGGAGAUCUGCAUGGAGGAAUGGGCCAAAAUACCAGCAACAAGUGUGUGAACUUCAGCUUUAAUCAUGUGUUUGCAUUCCGGCUACUCUUGUUUUACUCCUAAAUUGGCAACUUUUUGUCUUGUGUGUUUUGUUUCUGGGUAAAAAAAAAGCUUUAAAGAGGAUUUUACUGUCAGUGGUGGGGCCACCUUACUACGCAAGAAGGAGUUAACCUACCACUUGGGAAAGGAGUUGAGAAAGAGGGUUAAGAGGACAGUAUAAGUUUCUACAUUCUGAAUUCCAGAAGUAUGGUAAUCCUGUUUGAGUAACUUGCUAUUACUGUACAGUUCCAGGUGGAGUGGAAACACGUAUAGCUGCUGUGAGGGUGUGGUUGGAUGCCCUGGAUGCCAAGUUUUCAAGGUAAUAAGAAGACGAACAGGGGAUAACACCUAUUUUCCAUAAGACCCUUCAAAGAUGUCAUGAAACAUUUUGUAUCCCCCACAUACGUCUCCCCCUCAUCUGCAUGUCCAUGACACAGUUAGCCUGGAUGGCUUUGUCAGUACCCUUCCUAGACCUGCCUCUGAUAAGGGCUGCCCGGGGGUGAUCUCAAUCGACUGUGAAAUGGUGAGAUUCUGUCUGAUUAUGGAAAUCAUAGGCAACAUUUUGCAUGACAUGCCAAUUAAAGCUAGGUCAGUGUGUUUUGAACACACUGCCGUAUUAGUGAUCUGGUAAAGUUUUUUUGUUUACUGUAUGACUAAUAGAUGUAGUCUUUCUUCCUUCAGUGCUAUACAACUCAUGGUCUGGAGCUGGUUAGAGUGACUGUUGUCAACUCCAGUUUGCAGGUCAUCUAUGACACCUUUGGAAGCUGA